AUUUGUAAAGUUAGAACAGAUCGCAAAAGAAAAUGCCGAGAAUGCAAAGUUGAGAGAUAAUGAGCUUAAUGACAGAAUCGUGGAACUAGAACAGUCGGCGAAAGAAAGUGAAAAUCGAUUUGUGAAAUUGGAACAGAAGCAAACCCAGAGUAAGGAUGACCUUGCGUCCAAAUUAGAUCAAUCAAAGAUAAAGUCACCUUGUCCCGAGCCCAAAUUAUCUACUGAUCAAGCACAAAAUGAUAUACCGUCCCAAAUAGCAGAAGCUAGUACAUUAGUGAAAACUCCAUUGAAUUCUAUCACCAUUAAACAAAUUUCGGACGUUCCUGUUGAUAUAGAUUUAACUCCAGGUUCUGUACCUCAUUUAGCUCAUUUAUUUGGCAAGGCCGAGAAAACUGGACGAAAAGAAAAAUUGAGAUGGUAUUAUUAUA